AUGGCAGCUGAGUCCUGUACAAGGGCACCAUGUGACCUCGCUCAACCCCCACCCUCGGGCGGCUCGUGCACUUGGGCCGUGCGCGUUGCUUCUUUCGUCUUGACGCGCCGGAGUCACCAGGCCGGGCAGAUCCAGGCCCCUGAUUGGCUCCCGCCAAGGCCUGAGCAGCCUCAACAGCCAACCGAUUGGCGAGCCGGUCAAUCAGCAGUGAAGGCUGCACCGACUGCUCCGCUUGUCUACGAGUGCCCAUCCUCUUUCUGCACGCUGCCGGCAGUCAUGGCGCCAGACAAGCCCUUAUCUUGGGCCAAUGUUCGGUUUGUGCUGACUCUGCCCUGCCUGCCUCGCGUGGCUCACCAUUUCGCCUCGUCUCGUUCCGCCAACCGUUUGGGGCAUUUACACUCUGAGGCUCGGCAUAGGCCUCACAAUCUGCCCCACUUUGCGUCGUGCCGUGGCGUGCCGCGACGUGCUGUGCCACGCCGCGCCACGCCGCCCAGUCCUAAUGGCCUGAACGUGCUCUCACGUAUUGAUCGCAAGCAGACCAGCGACUGA